GGUGGAUUUGGAGGAGGAGCUGGUGGUGGAUUCGGAGGAGGAGUAGGAGGUGGAGUUGGCGGCGGAUUCGGCGGAGGAGCUGGUGGUGGAUUCGGCGGAGGAGCUGGAGGUGGCGCCGGAGGUGGAGCUACAAUCAGCACUGUUACAAGCACCGUCAAUGUACCAGUACCAGUUCCCCAACCUUACACAGUCACUCGUACCGUACCCGUUCCUGUACAAGUUCCAGUUCAAGUAGCAGUUCCACGACCAGUACAAGUACCAGUCCCAGUUCCACAACCCGUUGUUGUACCACGCCCAGUACCAGUUACCGUAACUAGAACUGUCCAAGUUCCAGUACCAACACCAGUUCAAGUACCAGUCCAAGUUCCAGUUCAAGUACCUGUUCCUCAACCUUAUCCAGUUACCGUUCCACAACCGGUCCCAGUUAGGGUACCAAACACCGUUGUUAUACCAGUACCACAACCUAUUUUCGUCGGAGGAGGUGGUGGAGCUGGAGGUGGUUUCGGAGGUGGUGCUGGAGGCGGUUUCGGAGGUGGAUUGGGAGGCGGAUUUGGCGGAGGAUUAGGAGGUGGUUUAGGAGGUGGAUUGGGAGGUGGAUUAGGAGGUGGUUUAGGAGGAGGAUUCGGAGGUGGUCAUGGAGGAUUAGGAGGAGGACUUGGAGGUGAAUUAGGUGGAGGACAUGGAGGAAUUGGAGGAGGACUUGGUGGAGGUGAUGGUGCAUUCGGAGCUGGAUCCAUCGGACAUGGAGGUGGAGCAUCCAGCUUUUCUACCAUCUCCUUUGGAAAACAUUAA